UGGAAAUCAGUGUGCGUUUUUUCUCAUCUUCCGUCUUUUCGUUUUGUGGCUGGCGCUUUCUCCUUCUUCUUCUCCGGUUCGUUCUUCUCAUCCUCAGCCCGUCAGCCGGUGGUGGAGACCGUGGGGCCACCAGAAUUCUCCGCCACAGCACCCUCCGCAGGCUGCGGUUCCAAGCUCAUCAACCACACGUGACACUCGGUCGGCGGUCUCUCCCCUAUGAUUUGUCCCACUCCCACAAUUUAAACCCGCUGUUUCGUAGGCAGCAGGCUGUUGCAGGAUUAGAUGCAGAUGGCAGGCAAAUUGUCGCACGAGCAGAAUCUGAAGCAACUAACUAUGAGAGGCACCAUAGAUAUGGCAACUCCAAAUUUUCUCUUUGGUCUCGCAAAGAAAUGUUUCACCGUAGGACUGAUAAGCCUAACUGUAUCUGAUCGUUAUGUCAGCCUUAUCGCCAUUCGCGGCUCCUCAAUGUCUCCCACCUUCAACCCCCAUGAAAAAAAGUCUGCUGCAUUUUUUAUGGAUGACUAUGCAUUGGUUGAGAAAUUUUGCCUAGAGAAAUACAAGUUCUCGUCCGGUGACGUGGUGGUUUUCCGGUAA